CAUAAAAAUGACAUAUUUGAUCUGAAACUGAAACGUCGUGUUUAUUUUUUGAUAAUUUUUCUAGGGUUUCUAACUUAGAGUUAUUAGACUUACCCUAAUCUAGGGUUUUACUGAACAUCUACUAGUAGGGUUUAUUGAUUAGUUAGUUUGGGUUAUUGAAUUACUACAGGUAUGGUAAAGCUAAGUAAUUGAACGUUUGAGUUGAGUGUAGUUAAAAAUAGAGUAGAAAAGAUGAUUGCGGAAAAACCUAAUUGGAUUAAACAUGAAGGAAUGCAAAUUUUCUCUGUUGAUAUACAACCAGGUGGUCUUCGGUUCGCUACUGGUGGUGGAGAUCAUAAGGUUAGGAUAUGGAACAUGAAAUGUGUGAGCAAGGAUUCAGGAAACGAUCAGUCCACGCCGAAAUUGUUGGCCACACUUCGUGAUCAUUUUGGAUCGGUGAAUUGUGUUAGAUGGGCAAAACAUGGUCGGUUUAUUGCGUCUGGAUCUGAUGACCAGGCGAUUCUUAUUCAUGAAAGAAAACCUGGGUCAGGGACUACGGAGUUUGGAAGUGGAGAGCCUCCAGAUAUUGAGAAUUGGAAGGUUAUAAUGACAUUGAGAGGGCACACUGCCGAUGUGGUGGAUCUUAAUUGGUCUCCAGAUGAUACAAUAUUAGCCAGUGGUAGUUUGGACAACACUAUCCACAUUUGGAAUAUGAGCAAUGGUAUCUGUACUGCUGUCCUGAGAGGUCACUCUAGCCUUGUUAAAGGGGUGGCCUGGGAUCCUAUAGGGUCGUUCAUAGCAAGUCAGUCAGAUGACAAGACAGUUAUUAUCUGGCGAACAAGUGACUGGAGUCUAGUCCACAAAACGGAUGGCCACUGGGCGAAAUCUCUGGGAUCGACCUUCUUUAGGCGGCUUGAUUGGUCUCCCUGUGGCCAUUUUAUCACCACUACUAAUGGUUUUCAGAAGCCUAGACAUUCUGCACCUGUAUUAGAAAGAGGGGAAUGGGGUGCUACUUUCGAUUUCUUAGGACACAAUGCCCCUAUUAUUGUGGUAAAGUUCAACCAUUCAUUGUUCAGGAAAAAUCUCCCAAAUGGCCAGGAUGUAAAACUUCUGCCUGUUGGAUGGGCCAAUGGUUCCUCCAAGAAUAUAGCCAAAGACUCACAACCGUACAAUUUAAUUGCCGUUGGAAGUCAGGAUCGAACAAUAACUGUAUGGACAACUGCAAGCCCUCGUCCUCUGUUUGUGGCCAAACAUUUUUUCUCUCAAAGUGUUGUGGACCUAUCUUGGAGUCCUGAUGGAUACACUCUAUUUGCAUGUUCGCUGGAUGGAACAAUAGCGACAUUUCAUUUUGAGCCAAAAGAACUUGGACACAAGCUAACUGAUACUGAGUUGGACGAGUUGAAGAGAAGUCGUUAUGGUGAUGGAAGAGGAAGGCAAGCAAACUUAGCAGAAAGCCCAGCACAAUUGUUGUUGGAGGCAGCAUCAACGAAGCAAACCCCGAGCAAAAAAGUGUCCUCAGUUGUUCAGGAGAAACAGGUGCCUAGAAAAUCUUCUGAAGAAUUGAGCUUGUCUAAUGUAGGUCAAUCACUUCCUAAGCUUCCUGAAAAACCAGUCGAAGAGGCAAAAAGAAAUGGAGGAACCAAUGUUGAGGUAACAAAUAAAGUGGCAACUUCUGUACGGGUUACUAGUCCUGUUAAGCAAAGGGAAUAUAGACGACCUGAUGGUAGAAAAAGGAUUAUUCCUGAAGCAGUCGGUGUCUCUGGUCGUCAAGAAAGUAUAGCAGAUGGGACCCAGGCUCAAGCAUUUGAUUUUGCUCGUGUUAAUAACCAAAAGGAUCAGACUGGGGUGGUUCUUGCUGAGGAUGGUGUUAGAGAAGGUUCUAUGAAGAGGCAUUGUACUGGAAAUUCUGAUGCCAACUAUCGAGCUGGGGGAUUUGGGCAUGUCGGGGAUAAGGAGCGUUCAGGUGUAACUGCUAGAGCAGCCAUUAGUGACAGCCUGGUUAUUGAGAAGGUUCCUGCUUCUGCAAGUGCAGAUGGGGCUGUGACUGCUGCUAAUUCGCGGUCAUCUUCAAGUUCUAUACUUUCAAUUAGAGUUUUCAGUAAUAAAGUGGGGGAAGAUAGCACUCCUGUCAGCUUCGAAGCUCGCCCUGUAGAUCAGACUGUGAAUGACGUGGUUGUUGGGGCAGGAAAUACAUUUGUCAGGAAAGAAACAGAAGUUAGGUGCAGAAAAGGGGAAGAGACUCUUUGGUCUGAUAGAAUAUCUGGGAGAGUUACUGUGCUGGCUGGCAAUGUCAACUUUUGGGCUGUUGGAUGCGAAGAUGGCUGUUUACAGGUGUAUACAAGGUGUGGAAGGCGAGCCAUGCCAACCAUGAUGAUGGGAUCAGCUGCAGUAUUUUUAGACUGUGACGAGUCCUGGAAGUUACUUCUUGUCACAAAGAACGGAUCGUUGUACGUAUGGGAUCUAUUUAGUAGGACCUGUAUUCUGAAUAACUCGCUGACUUCUCUGAUUAGUUCUGGUUCUAAAGAUUCAGUGUUAUCGCUAGGCACGGUUAAAGUUAUAACUGCAAGGCUAUCAAAAUCUGGUUCCCCUCUAGUUGUUCUGGCAACACGGCAUGCAUUCCUUUUCGAUAUGAGCUUGAUGUGCUGGUUGAGGAUAGCUGAUGAUUGCUUCCCAGCUUCAAAUUUCACAAGCUCCUGGAAUUUAGGUUCAAUUCAAAGCGGUGAAUUGGCUACAUUGCAAGUUGAGGUCGGGAAGUUCUUAGCCCGAAAGCCAAGUUGGAGCAGGGUUACUGAUGAUGGGGUGCAAACGCGGGCCCAUUUGGAGACUCAAAUGGCAUCAUCACUGGCUUUGAAGUCUCCUAAUGAAUACCGUCAGUGCCUCCUGUCUUACGUAAGGUUUCUGGCAAGAGAAGCAGAUGAAUCUCGCUUACGAGAAGUAUGCGAGGGCUUUCUUGGUCCUCCAACAGGGAUGGCCGAGUCAACAGAUCCCAAGAACCCAGCAUGGGAUCCAACCAUUCUUGGAAUGAGGAAGCACAAACUCUUAAGGGAAGAUAUACUUCCUGCUAUGGCUUCAAAUAGAAAAGUUCAGCGGUUGGUAAAUGAAUUCAUGGAUUUGCUCUCUGAAUACGGAAGUAUAGAAACAAGUGUUGAUCGAGUGCAACCACCCGUCAUCCUCCCUGCACCACCAGUUGAGCCAAGUUGAUUCCGUCCCCAAUCUGACAUGUAAUCAAAGAAGAAUCUACCCAGCCGCAGCCGGCAGUGGAAAUAGAAGCUCCACCAGGCCACAAGCAGAGGCCUGUUGAUCUAUUAGUUAUGCCUUGCCGCAACACGAGUGCGGUUGCGAGUCUGUCAUAGUAAGUUUACAUAUUUUAAAUGAGUGUAGAGUAAGAAAUAUAUCGAUGAUGAUUACGUAUGUCUUGGUCCAGUUUUCAUAGUGCUUGUAACAAAAAAAAUUUGUUUUUAUGCAUCAUCGUUUAGUUCCUUAAUUUACAUUCCCAGACUGGCAGUUUCACUAUGACGGUAUAAGCUAACGCCUGAACAUAAAUCUUUCCUUGA